CCGGGAAUGGAAAGAAUCCUCCGUGAAUUGGUAGUAAUCCUCUCAUACCUCGUCACAGACGUCUAGGAAACAUUGGGUUGCGCGCGGACGCGUUUUCUCGAGCUGAGCGGAAGGAAAUUCAUGCGCCUUUCUUCUCGCAACAACAAAGAAUAAAGACGCUUUGAUCUCUGUCCCACUCGCCGAACGAACUCGAAGAAUUCGUUUCAGAAGAAUUACAAGAAGGAUAUUUCCACCAGCUGUUUUUUGGAGAGAGCACCGAUUUUCAUAUCGGAACUGAAUUGUAAUUGACUUUUGGUAACGAUAAUGGGACUUCUGUUAGCCAAAUUAAUGACUGUGUUCGGCGAUAGAGAACACAAGGUGAUCAUUGUGGGUUUGGAUAAUGCUGGAAAGACUACCAUCUUGUACCAAUUUUUGACUAAAGAGGCUGUGCAUACCACUCCCACUAUUGGCAGCAAUGUAGAGGAAAUUUCUGUCAAGAAAACACGCUUCCUUGUUUGGGACAUUGGGGGUCAGGAGGCCCUCCGAGCCAGCUGGAGCACAUAUUACUGCAAUACAGAGAUUGUGAUUGUGGUAGUAGAUAGCACUGAUCGGGAGCGUUUGACUCUUACAAAAGAGGAGCUCCAUACAAUGCUUGCACAUGAGGAUCUGCAGAAUGCUUCAGUGCUGGUCUUAGCAAAUAAGCAAGAUAUGAAAAACAGCAUGACAGCAGCAGAGAUUUCCCAGAAUCUUACCCUCAGUUCUCUCACAGCUCACUCCUGGCAUGUUCAGGCCUGCUGCGCACUUACUGGAGAGGGUUUACCAGCAAGUCUGGAUUGGAUGCGCUCCCGGGUUAUAGCAAACUAGUCCAACAGUGGUUCAUAGAAACUCUGCGGAGCCAGAGUUUGUGUUCUAUGUGGGCCUACAGUCUCAUCAAACUCUCAUAUCUGAUGUUAAGCUCAGCAUCAUGGAGACACAGAAUGCUACAACCUUAGCAAUGAGUGGCUUAAACCCUGGACAUGUGACGUGUAUAUACUGACAAGUAUAUGUUUACAUAUUAUGUCUUCGUUUUAGAAGUCAUAUAGUGAACAAUGCAAACAGAUUGUGUUGUCCAAUGUCGAAGGAUUUGCACUGAUUUUCUGAGUUCCAGUUUAACUGUGUAUUUUGGCCUAUGGCACCACAGGCUAUACUUUAUUUGUACUACUACUUGAGAGCAAGGAUCACCAGCCAAGCAUGACCCAUUAGUAUUUGGUGUUUAAUUCAUAUUGAUUUUGGUGCUCAAUUUCUAAACCAGAAGCAUUAUUUCACAUAUUUAAAAGGAUGUUGUUUGUGUUUGAUGGGCCUAGUUCAAUUGAAAUGAACGUAUUGAAAUUUUGAAAUAUAAAAAAAUUAUUAUGAUUUUGGUUCAUUUUAUUCGUGAAAAUAAAGAUUGCAAAAAAUA